AAACACAAAGGUGUCAAACACUCAAUACUCAAGCACCAACACAACCACCACAUUACCACAACCUCUACUUUGUUGCACUCAUUAAAUGCCCUAGCAAUCUCUUAUAUAAAAGAUCAUAUCAUAUCGUGUAUAUAUGUUCCUUAUUUAUUUAACAACCCACCACAAUUUUCCGUCUUUUAAAUAAUAAAAAUUAAAAUUACAAAACCCUAAAACUCUCUUCUUUCUUUAAACCUCAUCUCCAAAAUCUUUUCAAAUUCAAUUCUAUUCUAUUUUAGUAAUGUAAUUUUCAACUUUAGAUUGGAUUCUCACAAUUCUUUAUCAAGAUCCACCUGCAUUUUCAAUGCCAACAAAAAAAGUUUAAAUCUCUAUUUCAUUUGUGUUAGAUUUUUAUCGAAUUAAUAAAUGGAUUCACGUGAAUCUUUAGCCCCAACACCACACCACCACCACCAACAACCACCGCAUCACCACCACCACCAGCAACCGCCGCCCGGAAUGAUGAUGACACCAAAUUCUUACCCCACCCAUCAUCAUCUAACCAAUAAUCUUGCACCUAACAAUAUUAAAAAUCCAAACUUGAUGACACCCAAUUCAAUUCAACAGCAACCAAGAUUUCAGUUCAAUUCUGCUGAUCAGUAUGGGGACGGGUCUUCACCGUCUUCCGGUGGGUUUCGGGGUAGUGGGUAUAACAGCAUUGAGCCUGCCAAGAAGAAAAGAGGCAGACCCAGAAAGUAUUCGCCUUCAAGUGAUGGCAACAUUGCUCUCGGGUUGGCUCCGGCCCCUGUGACUGCGAUUUCGAGUGGUGGUGGUGGUGGAAUUUUGGAGAAUUCUAAUGAUGGUAGCCCUGGUGGUACCCCGAAUACCGAUCCAUCUGCUAAGAAACAUAGAGGCAGGCCACCUGGUUCUGGGAAAAAGCAAUUGGAUGCUUUAGGUGCAGCUGGAGUUGGGUUUACACCUCAUGUGAUUAUUGUUAGAGCAGGAGAGGAUAUAGCCUCAACACUUAUGUCGUUUUCACAACAAGGACCUCGUACUGUUUGUAUAUUAUCCGCUAAUGGUUCUAUCUGCAAUGUGACACUUCGACAGCCCGCGUCGUCUGGUGGCACUGUAACAUAUGAGGGCCGAUUCGAGUUAAUAUCAUUAUCAGGUUCGUUCUUACACUCGGAGAGUAAUGGUAACCACAGCAAACCUAGUGGAUUGAGUGUUUCUCUUGCUGGUUCUGAUGGACGGGUUCUGGGCGGUGGUGUUGCUGGAAUGUUGGUGGCCGCAUCACCUGUACAGGUUAUUGUUGGUAGCUUCAUUAAAGAUGAGAAGAAAUCAAAAUCUAGUUUUGGGCCAUCAUCAGCGUCACCACCACCGAACAUGUUGAGCUUUGGUGGUGGAGGGGCUGUUCCUGGUAUAACUCCUCCAACUGAAGGACCAUCAAGUGGUGAAUCAUCUGAUGAAAGUGGCGGCAGCGCUCCUCAUGGAAUCCGUGGAUCCUACCACGAUGUUACGCUACAGCAGCACCAAAACCAACAACACCCCCAAAACCAACACCAGCAACAACACCCCAUGCAAAAUCUGCCCAUGUAUUCAAACAUGGGCUGGCCAAACUCCACCAUGAACAUGCUCCCAAAUUAAGCACAAAUUCUAAAUUCUCAACAAAUCUUACAUGGGUAGUUGUUAGCUUAAAAUAUUCUGGUGAUGUUCCCGUAGCAUUGAGUUUUAAAGAUCGGCAUCAUGUAAGCUAAUCAGCAUUAUAUUUUAGUUGUCUCUUUAGAAAACGUUAAGCCUUUCUCGUAUAUUUUGGUUGUUUUAGCCUUCAUGAAUCGGUGGUUUGAAUAUGGCUAGUUAUUAGCUUAAGAUAUUGACUCAUCUAUUAGUGAAGUAUUUCUGUACAAGUUUCAGUUUAGGAAUCAUGAUUGAAUGCAAGUUCUUUAUUA